CUCCUUGGACUCGCUCGCCAUUUUGAUAAAACGCUGAUCGUGGAGAGCUGGAGACAACUCUGUUGAAGUUGCAGCCGAUCGACACGUUGUGAAGAAAAAUCUUCGACACUGAGGAAGAAAACUUGCAGAUAAUAAUGAGUGGUUGUCGCAUCUUCAUCGGCCGCCUGAGCCCGCACGCCAGAGAGCGAGACGUGGAGAAGUUUUUCAAAGGAUACGGACGGAUUAGAGAAAUCAACCUGAAGAAUGGAUUUGGCUUUGUGGAAUUUGAUGACCACAGAGAUGCAGACGAUGCUGUGUACGAGCUAAAUGGAAAAGAACUGUGCAGUGAACGGGUCACGAUUGAGCAUGCUCGCUCCAGAAGAGGAAGAGGUGGCGGACCUGGAAUGGGUCGUUUCGGUGGAGGUGGUGGCUAUCGUUCAUCCCGCCCAGCUCCUGGAUCCAGGUAUGGCCCUCCUGUGCGGACAGACCACAGACUCAUUGUGGAGAAUCUCUCCUCACGGAUCAGCUGGCAGGACCUGAAAGACUUGAUGAGAAAAGCAGGUGAGGUUACCUUUGUGGACGCCCACAGGACCAAGAAAAAUGAAGGAGUGGUCGAGUUUGCAUCCCGCAGUGACAUGAAGAACGCCAUCGCCAAGCUUGACGGGACAGAGCUGAACGGACGCAAGCUGAAGCUGUUUGAGGACAGCAGAGGCAGUCGGAGCAAGAGCCGCUCCCGCUCCCGCAGCUACUCCCGCUCAAAGAGCCGCUCCAGAAGCCGCAACCGUUCCAGGAGCCGCUCAAGAUCCGCCAGCCGCACCCCAGAGAGAAGGUCAUCAGGCGGGGGCAAGGCCGCCGACAGAUCCCCCUCCAGAUCCAAGUCCCGUUCAAAGUCUCGUUCCAAGUCCCGCUCAAAGUCCCGCUCCAGGUCUCGCUCCCGUUCUCCAGCUCCCGCUCAGACCACACAGUCUCGCUCCCGUUCCCGCUCCCGAUCCCACUCCCGUUCUCGAUCCCACUCCCGUUCCCGCUCCGCCUCAGCAGACAGCAAACACUGAGAUGAGUCAGAGACUGACGAGGCUCAGCAUUGCCUCAGAGGUGGUACGUGGUUUUUCUUUUUUUUUUUUUUUUAAGGGGUGGAUCGCUUUUUACAUUUUUCUUUAAAUAAGAUGGUUAUCGUGCCCACAUCCUCUUGGAUUUCUUAUUAAAUUCUUUUCAUUACUUUCAACAUGUCUCAAUAAGAGAAAAAACAACAUGGCUUCCUGUUAAUCAAUGAUUUGAACAUUUCUCUCUUAAAAAUCCCCCUAAUGUGAUCGUUUUUUUGUCAUUUUGAGUGUCAGGAAACUCCUGCAGCGCCCCAGCUGUCCGCCUUGUAUUGAUUCCAUCCACUCGUCUGAGCCUCUCCUGAGUGGAGAGUUCCCAGGUCAUGGAGGUUUUUUUUUUUUUUGUUUGUUUCUGUCACUCUGAACGUCGGCGUUUCUGUUUGAACACGAGCAAGCUCCUGGCAUUUCCGUGAAACUGUGAUUCUGCUUUUCCGCAUGUGUUGCAUUCACUGCCCUGAUGUGUAACGUAAAAUACAAACAUCUGCUGGUGGUUUAUUUCUCAUAUUUUCAAUUUGGAAUCCGGCAUUAGUUGUGACUUUUUUUUACGAUGCUGUUUCAGGACAUUGUCUCGUAGAUUUUUGUUUUCUCUGAUUUUGUGAACUUUAUUUUCAGUCCUGCAUUUGUGUGGCGUCAAGUUUCUGAACAUCAAACUUCUUUAUCAGCAGAACAAUGUCUGUUAAGUUAAUUUACAAAUAAAACACUCACUAUUUUCAUGUUGUUUUUUUAGUUAAGAUUUUUUAAUUAUUGUGAAUGUGUGGGGCUCUCAUACAUGUCCAAUAAAAUCUGCAGUUUAAUCAAUAAAGCUUUCUCAAACUA